CAGUAGAGGUUUCCUCUGUCAAAACUAUGGUGAUGAAGAUAGCUGAUGAAUAUAGGCCACAAGUUGUGUCAAACACAGAGGAAAAUAGAAAUUUGGUUGUGAGAGAAUAUUGUGAAGAGAAAGAUAAGGUGUCAGUGGAGAAGAUGGAGAGGCAGUGUGAUGUUGGACAGAAAGGGAAGCCUUCUAUUUUCACUGAUCUUCUGGGUGAUCCUAUUUGCCGCAUUCGCCACUUCCCUUUGCACGUCAUGCUGGUUGCAGAAUAUGGCGAAGCAAGAGAUAUCAUUGGAGUUAUAAGAGGAUGUAUCAAACAUGUGACAACAGGUCAUUCUCAUCAUGUCCUUAAGCUGGCUUAUAUUUUGGGCUUAAGGGUCUCUACUAAUCACAGGAGGCUCGGAGUUGGCAUGAAACUAGUUAAGCAUCUAGAGGAGUGGUGCAAACAAAAGGGUGCAGACUAUGCAUAUAUAGCAACAGACUGCGCCAACCAGCCUUGCAUCAACUUGUUUACACAAAAGUUCUCAUACACAAAAUUCAGAUCUCCCACAGUGCUGGUUCAGCCUGUCCACGCUCACUACAAGCCAAUCGGCUCGGGGAUUGCCAUUGUCCGUAUUCCUCCACAUGUCACUGCUAAAGUUUAUCGCCAUCUCUUUGCAAAUGCGGAGUUCUUCCCCACAGAUAUCGAUGCCAUCUUGUCCAAUAAGCUUAACUUGGGCACUUUCAUGGCUGUUCCUAAGAAGCUGCUCCCUAAAUGGAACCCUGAAACAGGGAUCCUCCCUCAGAGUUUUGCAAUCUUGAGCGUGUGGAACACUAAAGAAGUUUUCAAGUUGCAGGUGAAGGGAGUGUCUAAGCUAACUUAUGCAUGUUGCAUGGGGAGUAGAUUAUUGGAUUCAUGGCUACCAUGGCUGAGAUUACCUUCAUUUCCAGAUGUAUUUAGCCAAUUUGGAGUGUACUUCUUGUACGGAUUAUCCAUGAGAGGAACUAAUGGGUCGCGUCUCAUGAAAUCUCUAUGCACAUUCGUGCAUAACAUGGCCAAGGACGAUGUGGGAUGUGGGGCGGUGGUGGCAGAGGUAAGCCAACAGGAUCCUGUGAGAGUGGCCAUCCCCCAUUGGAAGAGACUUUCAUGGAAUGAAGAUUUAUGGUGCAUCAAGAAGCUGGCAGAUUUGCAGGAGGGUGAGUGUGAAAGAUCUGAAAUGUCUGAUUGGAUCAAAUCUCCACCAUCUUCAGCUGGGAUAUUUGUCGACCCUCGAGACAUCUAAGUAUCUUCCUUUCUUUUCAUUCUUCUCUCCCUCUUCAGUACAGAAAAUGACAAAAUCUGCUGUGCACUGUCUUAAAGUACAAAAGGAAUGUUCAUAAAUCUCUAGCAUAGUCUCUUUCUCUUUUUU